AUGCCUGCCAAACGACACGCGGCCUCAACGGCCUCCGCACCGGCACCCUCUACAACCUCAACUCUCUCCUCUGGCCCUGCGACCUUGAAAACCAAUUCCUCCGUCCUCGAUAUCACCAGCCAUGUCUGGCAGCAGUACCUCGCCAACACCGCACAGCGCACAUUGCUCCUGGACGCCUUCAUGGCCUUCCUAGUUCUCGUCGGCGGACUCCAGUUCGUAUACUGUGUUUUGGCAGGAAAUUAUCCCUUCAACGCCUUCCUGAGUGGUUUCAGCGCCGCAGUCGGCCAAUUCGUCCUCACAGCCUCCCUCCGCAUGCAAACCAGUGACUCUGGCUCGGGAUCACCCUCCAAGCCCAGUUCGAAGGGGAAGAAUGCUCGUUUCGCCGAUGAAGAUACCGAGGAAAACAGUGGUAUCUCGCAUGAGCGCGCCUUUGCGGAUUAUAUCUUUGGAUCUCUCAUUCUACACUUCUUCUGCAUUAACUUCAUCAACUGA